AUGGCAGCGACAGGACAGGAAGCAUCAGCAGUGGAUCCAGCCGUUUUAAACCUAAGGAAGGAUUCUGAUCAGAAUGAAGAUUCCGGACACGGGGCGACGACUUUAAAUGUAGCGUCUGCGCCGAAAAGACCCACCAACAACAAUGAUGGUGGUGUGGAAACGGCUGAAGAGGCGACAGAGCCAGCUGAGCCUGACAUCAAUGAACUCUGCAAAGACAUGUUUGAAAAGAUGGCAGUUUUUCUUCAAGGAGAACUCACAGCCACUUGUGAGGACUAUAAACUUCUAGAAAACAUGAACAAACUCACCAGCCUGAAGUACAUGGAGAUGAAGGACAUAUCGAUUAACAUCAGCCGCAAUCUACAAGACCUAAAUCAAAAAUAUGCGAGUUUGCAGCCAUAUCUAGACCAGAUAAACCAGAUUGAGGAGCAGGUAACAGCUCUGGAGCAAGCAGCAUAUAAAAUGGACACGUAUUCCAAAAAGCUGGAGGCCAAGUUUAAGAAACUGGAGAAGCGCUGAGCUGAGCAGACUGAUGUGGAAAUGUAGUUAGAGCUUCAGAACAGAAGAAACUGUUCUAAUUAAUUCAGGAGGCUUCCUGCAUGCUGCUGCUUCUAGCAUUACAUUAUUGGGUUUACAGUAAGAGCCUGAAAAACACAAGUGUGUGCAGGUUUAGAAUUGUUUUGGCACUACGGAUCACAGACCCACAGCAACGUUUGCAUUGUUCCAUGUAAACAUGGACAGUAUGGCUUGUAGUAUUUAAAUAAGAAUUUGCAUAUUUAUAUCUAUAGAACACCUAAUGUACUGCCAAAACUAUCUGCAUCUGUGUUGCAUGAAUACAGCAUGAAUACAGCAUACAGCAUGCUGUACAGCAUACAGCAUACAGAUAAAACUGUUAUGCUAAAACAUACAUCUGUAUAGUGGGUUAAAAUAAUAAUGUAUAAUUUCACAGCAUUUGUGUCUAAUGGAUCCAUUCAUUUUGUUUAUUGGUUACUAAUGUGAGAUCAUAAAUGGCUGUAAAUGUAAACAUUUUUGUAAAUGUUUAGCCUUUGUAUUUCGUUUUCUAAAACAAUUAAAUUAAUUUUGUAAAAUAAACUAUUAAAUGUGGA